AUGGCGGUUGAAGAUGAUCAAAUCAACAAUACUACUCCUACGCACACUCCCACGACCUCAGCAAAUGGCAAUUUUGUGACAAGCACCUCCUUCCCUACCAUUGAUCAUAAUCAUCCUUUGUAUCUACAGCCAACCGACACACCAAGUAGUUCUCUGAUUUCUCUUCAACUUACUGGAUCUGAUAACUACACUUUGUGGAGUCGCGCAAUGAGAAUUGGCUUGUUAUGUAAGAGUAAAUUAGGAUUUGUCGAUGGUAGGUUUCCUACAUUUAGGUUUGAGCCUGAACUUUAUGAUCUGUCGGAGAAGGUGAAUGCUAUUGUUUUGUCAUGGAUAACGAAUGUUGUGAGGCCGGUUUUGCUAACUAGUGUCCUAUAUGUAUCUAGUGCUCAUAAAGUUUGGGAAGAUCUAAAAGAGAGAUUUGAUAAAGUAAACGGUUCCAGAAUUCUGUACCUACACAGGGAGGUUCACACUUUGACUCAAGGAGUUAUGACUGUAACUGAUUAUUUCUCCAAACUAAGAGAGGUUUGGGAUGAGUUUGAGUUUGAUGCCCUUAUGCCAUGUCCUGGGUGUCCCUGUCCCAAGUCAAAGAAGUUUGCCUAA